AUGGAUAAUCCACACAAGCAGGUCCAAUCCGCACUUUUCUCGCGCAUAAUCAAUAACAUGGUAUGUGUAUUUGUGUUUACUUCUCCCACUAACGACUCUAACAUCCAGAAAAACCUAAAUGAAGCAGUUCAUGAUGUCAAUCUAACGCUCAAUGAUAUAAGCAAUAAAAACAAAGAUACGGAGGUGCUAGCUAGGAUGUGGCUGAACUACAGCAAAAGCGCCGAGUACAAUCUUGAAGCAACCGGUCAAAAGCGGGAUCCGUUGUAG